AACAAAUAUUUGAUUUUUGUUAGGAUCCAUCGAUCAAACCUUCAAAUGGCGUCUUCUUCAACUUCAUCCCUUGACAAGAGCUUUAAAUAUGAUGUAUUUUUGAGUUUCAGGGGCGAAGAUACUCGUACGAACUUCAUUGAUCAUCUUUAUCAUGCUCUUCAGAACAAAAGCAUCCAUACAUAUAAGGACGAUGAGAAAAUCAAAAAAGGGAAAAACAUCAGUGAUGAGCUCAUCGGAUCCAUUGAAGACUCCAAAUUUUACAUCAUUGUUUUCUCCAAGAACUACGCCUCUUCAUCCUGGUGCUUGGAUGAACUUGUGAAGAUAAUGGAGUGCCAGAGGACAAACGAGCAUACUGCUUACCCCGUCUUCUAUGACGUGGAACCCUCGGAAGUCCGCAAACAAAGCGGGCCAGUGGCAGAAGCCUUUGCAAAACAUGAAAAGGAAGAAGCUGCUGGGAAAUGGAGAGAGGCUCUGAAAGAAUCGGCGGAUCUCUCUGGAUGGGAGUUGAAGAAGACUGCUGAUGGGCAUGAAGCUAAAGUCAUCCAAAGAAUAGUUGAAGAGAUUUCACUAGAGUUACGUUCAAUCAGUUUCAACAUUGAUGAAAAGUUGGUAGGAAUGGAGACCCGGAUCAAAAAUCUUGCUCCAUCUUUAGGAAUUGGUUGUGAUGAUGUCCGAAUGAUCGGUAUCAAGGGGAUGGGAGGUGGUGGAAAAACUACUUUGGCAAGAGCUGUUUUUGAUCACAUAUCCUUUCGGUUUGAAGGUAAAAGCUUUGUUGAAAAUGUUAGGGAAAAUGCUUCUUUGUCCGGUUUAAAGUCAUUGCAAAAGCAAGUCCUUUCAGAUGUCUUAAAUGAUAAAGACAUCAACAUAAGUAGUGUUUAUGAUGGGAAACACAUGAUGAAGAGGAGCCUGCGUGAUAAAAAGGUUAUUGUUGUUCUAGAUGAUGUUGAUCAUAUAAACCAACUUGAGGCGUUAGUUGGCGAGCCUAACUGGUUUAAGCAUGGGAGUAAAAUUAUCAUUACAACAAGAGACGAGCAAGUGCUGGUAGCACACGGAGUGAAGUUCAUUCAUGAUGUCAAUCUGCUAUCAGAUAUGGAAGCAACUUGCCUCUUCAAUAGGUUUGCAUUUGGGAGAGAUAUUCCAAUUCAAGGGUACGAAGAGCUAUCAAGACAAGUUGUACGUUAUGCUGCUGGUCUUCCCUUGACGAUUAGGGUUUUGGGUUCGUUUCUUUGUGGAAAAGAUGAGCUCGAAUGGAUAGAUGCCCUAGAAAGACUAAGGACGAUUCCGGAAACAGAAACUUUGAAAAAAUUGGAAUUAAGCUAUUUAUCUCUGGAGGAAGAUUACAAGGAAAUAUUCCUGGAUGUUGCAUGCAUCCUGAUAGGUUGGCAGAAAGAUAAAGCAGUUAAAGCACUUGAAAGCUGUGGAUUUCAUGCUAGAAAUGGUUUAAGAGUUCUGGAGCGAAAAUCUCUUAUAACUAUUCAUUAUGAUCACCUAGGCAUGCAUGACCAUAUUGUAGAAAUGGGCAGGAAUAUUGUUCGUCGCUCACACCCCGAUAAGCCUCAUAAGCAUAGUCGAUUAUGGAAAAUUGAUGAAAUUGAAGAUAUAUUGGCUAAUGAUUUGGGUACAAAAGCAACAAGAUGUAUACAAUUCCACACUAUCAGAUUUAAUCCACAUAUUUUUAUAAAAGGUUUGAGAAAGAUGAAGGAACUUAGAUUUCUUUCUGUUCGUGGAGAUUGUUAUAGUGAUUUGGAGUUUAGUAUAGUCGGUCCAGACUUCCCAAAAGCUUUACGAUACCUGCAUUGGGACUUUUACCCUUUUAGGUCUUUACCGGAAACAUUUCAAGCAAAUAAUCUUGUUGCACUUGAGAUGGAUGGCAGCAAAAGAAAGGUCCUUAACAGGCUCAGAUUCCUUAACCUCAGUUUUUCAAGCUUGAGUACCUUUGACCUUGGGCUUACUCCAAAUCUUGAGACGUUGACUCUUCAAAAUUGUGAUGAUUUGCUAGAUCUUCACAUGACCGCUGGAUGUGUAAAGCUCACAUCUAUCGACCUUAAUGGUUUAAUCAGGUUGAGGAGUCUUAACCUUGGGCUGGCUCCAAGUAUUAAAGAGUUGAUUCUUUUUGAAUUCAACGAUUUGGAGAAACUUCACUUGCCUGGAAGAUGCCUGAAUCUAAGACACUUACUACUCACCAAUUCAAGAUUGAGGAUCCUUGACAUUGGUUUGACUCCGAAUCUCGAGAAGUUAGAUCUUGAAAAGUCUUAUUGUUUGGAAGAACUUCACAUGGCCAAUGAAUAUCAAAAGCUCACCGAACUCAGCAUUACUCAUUCAAAUUUGAGGACCCUUGACCUUGGGAUGAUUCCGAAUCUCGAGAAGUUAGAUCUUGAAAAGUCUUAUUGUUUGGAAGAACUUCACAUGCCCAAAGAAUAUCAAAAGCUCACUGAACUCAUCAUUACUCAUUCAAAUUUGAGGACCAUUGACCUUGGGAUGACUCCAAAUCUCAAGAAGUUAGUUCUCACAGAGUGUCGUAAAUUGGUAGAACUUCACACUGCCAUUGGAUGUCUAAAAAAGCUUGUCCAUGUAGACUUAAGUGGUUGUUUGAGGUUUAUCUCUUUUUUUUUUAACAUGAAGGAUUGUACUUCUUGUAGUGUGGAUGAAUCACUUGAGGUUGGUCCAUUAGCUGAGUUACAUUUGAUGGCGGAGUCCCUAGAAAGUUGCCCGCUUCACCCCGAUAGUAACCUGCCAAAGUUUCGGUUUAGAUGUUACUAUGAAGAUGAUCGACCCUCAUUGACUAGAAAUCUUGAGAUGCUUUUUUCUGUAGGUAUGUGCGCUUGCACAAACCUUGAGACGUUUUCAAGAAGCAUUUGUGGUUUACGACGUUUAAGAAAGCUUAAAUUGGAAGGAAGUUUUCUGGAGGUGCUCAAGGUCCUUGACCAGUUAGAAUCUCUCGAGGAGCUAAUAUUGUUGUCUACAAAGAUAAACCAUCUUCCAGAUAGCAUUUGUAAGUUGAAACAUUUGAAAUCUCUUGAACUUAAAGACUUACGGCUUCUUGAGAGGUUACCUGAGGAUAUUGGCCAUUUAGAAUGUCUAGAGGAGCUUAGUUUGCUGUUUACAAAUAUUAAACACCUCCCUGAUAGCAUUUAUAUGCUUAAACAUCUGAAAUCCCUCAAAAUUAGAUUUUGUUGGCUUCUUGAGAAGUUACCUGAGAAUGUUGGCCGAUUAAAACAUUUAGAGGAGCUAGCUUUGUCAUGUACAAAUAUUAAAUAUCUUCCGGAUAGCAUUUGCAUGUUGAAACACCCGAAAUAUCUUGAACAUAAUCAUUGUUCGCUGCUUGAAAAGCUACCAGAUGAUCUUGGCCGAUUAGAACAUUUAGAGGAGCUACAUUUGUCAAAAGCAGAGAUUAAACAUCUUCCGAGUAGCAUUUGUAUGUUGAAAAGUCUGAAAUAUCUCAAAAUGGAUGGUUGUUCGUUGCAUGAGAAGUUACCUGAGGAUCUUGGGCGAUUAGGAUGUUUAGAGGAGCUAGAUUUGUCAUUUACAAAUAUUAAACAUCUUCCAAAUAGCAUUUGCAUGUUGAAACGCCUGAAAUAUCUUGAACUUUAUCAUUGUUUGCUGCUUGAGAAGUUACCAGAGGAUCUUGGCCAAUUAGAACGUUUAGAGGUGCUAAGCCUAGGGAAGUGUGAAUUGUUAAAAAAUAUCCCGAAUAGCAUCUGUGAGAUGAAAUGUCUAACAUGUCUCCAUCUCCGCGAUUGUAUUCGAGUUGAUAAAUUGCCUGAGGAACUUGAACGUUUGGAAUGUUUAAAAGAGUUAGAUAUAAAAGGCAGCUGCAUCGAUUCUGUUCUUUAUCAACCAUCGUGAUAUCUGGGGUGAAUGUUUUGUUGAUUGAGAUUAAUCUGGUAUCUAUGUAGGGGAUCUACUUAUUAUCUCAACCCAUGUUACUUUGUUCUCAGCAUCCUCUACUCAUAAUUUGGUAUAGAUCUUCCUCUUGAGGAUCUCGAGCUUCUACAAUUUCAUCCAACUAGUAUGUAUAUAUGGAGAGCUGAGUGCCUCAUUACUGAAGUUCUGUGUAUUUUUCUUCAUUUUAGUCGGAGAUAAUUUGGAAAGACUGUUAUAACCUGGUUCAUCCUCAAUUUUUUUCCCAUAAAAAAGUUAAAGUAAAUUAAUUAGUUUUGGAGUAAAGAAAUGGUGAGAAAUGGAUGAAACACAUACUCUGGUAAUUUCUUUGUAUCCCGUCUCUUAUAACAUGUGACAUGUAUGUACGAGGUUAUAUGGAUGAAUCAGCAACAUAAUUUUGUUUGUUUGUUUA